GGCUCUGGGGUAUUUUUAGAACGGAACGAGGGUGCGUUUGGUCCAAGUUGACCGUGGAUCGUUACUGUUCAAACUCCGAGUCCAUAUUCAAAAAGCAAGGAUCACUUCAACGUAAAACACAACUUCAUCGCAUCAUUAUUUAGCCGUGCCUGUAGCAGGGUAAAUCAGAAUGGGAGACAAGCCGAUUUGGGAACAAAUAGGAUCCAGCUUUGUGCAACAUUACUAUCAGCUGUUUGACACUGACAGGACUCAACUUGGAUCGAUAUAUAUUGAUGCGUCAUGCCUUACGUGGGAGGGUCAGCAAUUCCAGGGAAAAGCAGCAAUUGUCGAAAAGCUUUCUACCCUGCCCUUCACAAAAAUAGCUCACAGCAUCACCGCACAAGACCAUCAGCCUACCCCUGAUAGCUGCAUACUGAGUAUGGUAGUAGGCCAACUAAAAGCAGAUGAUGACCCCAUCAUGGGAUUCCAUCAGAGCUUCAUCCUGAAGAACAUUAACGAGGCUUGGGUUUGCACCAAUGACAUGUUCCGCCUGGCGCUGCACAAUUUUGGUUAAACGCCCCAUGGCUAGCAGGAGGGAAGUGGGGGAAGGUGGAGGAUGGGGUUCUGCCCUGAUGACACCUGAACCUGUCAAUCAGCCCUUCAUUCAUCACCCUCAAGAGAAACGGCUCCGGAUUACAGCAGUCAAUCACAGAAAACCUGCAGGCAUAUACUGUACUGCCUCUACUCUAGAAAUGACAUGUUUCUUUAAUGAAAGCCCACACAUCCAUCAAGCUGACCCUUUUCCUUCACCAACCUGCAUGAUGAUGGGGAACUUAAAUAUCAGCGGACGCUCAACCAGGACAAAAACGUAUUAACCUAACCUCGGGUGUUUGAUAUUUACAUUUUAGUUGCUGAUUUUGACUUGGAAAUUACAACCGUCUUACUGCCCAUGUUUGCUUUAGUACAACAUGUUCAGCUUGUUUUUAGAAUAUGCUCCUUGUAGUUUAAAUACAUUUUUGUUUUUGCCCCACUUGAAAAUUGGUGUGACGUCAGGUGGCCCUAGCUAUCAAAAGAACACCCCCCUAAUUUCCUCUUCCCAUCAGACCAGUGUGCUUCCCACUUUCUGCUCACUGUUUAAUAAUCACCAAGCCAAGAUACACAAUAAAACAUUUGAAUUUUUCUUAACAUCAUCAUCUUGUUCUUCCCCCCCGUCUGGUUUUGCGUCUACCUUAUUUUUCCCCUUUUUUAUGCUUGUCUUUUCAUGUUUUUGAUACUGCUUCAUAUUAGAUUCUAUCAUUAAGAUUAUAGAUUGUUUUGAGCAGAGCAGAACACGACGGAGCUGUUAUUUCUCUUUUUGAAGGUGGCCAGUGUUUCCUGAAGCAGUUGUUUAGACUAAAAUAAUAAUGUUGACUUAUUUGGAAGAACAUCACUAUGAUUAGCAAAGGAUCACGUAAAUUUUUUCCAACAUUUUUCCUAACCUUUAAAAAUGGUAGAAUCAUAAAUGGAUGCUCUUGUUAAAGAGGAAAAAUCAUAAGCAUCCUCCAGUUAUGCCACAUCAAUAAAGCAAGUUUCGCCAAGUUUAAGAAA